AUGUCAAGGAAGCGGCAGGCAACAAUAAAAGAUUUCUUUUCUGUCAGUGAGGAAGCAAAAGAAGAAAAAAGAAUAAAAAAUGAUAAACCUGCUGCUGCUGCUGUUGCGAUAGUUAUAAACGACAGCAGCGACACAGAAAACCAUAAACCCACCACGCAGACAGCCAAAUGUGCACAGCAGCAACACCAAGAGGAGGAGGUGGAGGUGCAGCAGGAGGCGACGGUGCAGCAGCAGCAGCAAGAGGAACAAUUGGAACAAGCAGACGGAGAGCAGGAGAAGCAACAGAAACCUGAAGGGGAGCAGCAGCAGGAGCAGCAGCAGGCGAAGCACCAGCAGCAGGAGCAGCAGCAGUCCAUUCCUACAGGCGCAAUGCCUCCUGCGUGCACAGCAUCAGCAACAGCAGCAAGAGCAGCAGCGGCAGCAACAUCAGCGAAAGCAGCAGCAACUCACUUACCGCCAGCAGCAGCAGCAGCUACUGCAGUGAGUGGACCAACUGGGGGAGCAGCAGGAGCAGCAACAUGCAUUACUGCUGUUCCUUCUGCUGCUGCAGCAGUGUCUCCAAGGGGAGAACUUGUGCCGCCAGAAGCAGCAGAGAAGAUGUGGAGAGACACCUUAGGAGACGGCUGGUAUAACGCUUUGCAUGCAGAGUUGCAGCAGCCCUACUUUAGGCAAUGUUUAUCGUUUGUUGCAAAAGAGAGAAUUAAACAACCUAAUGCCAUUUAUCCCCCUGAAGAACUUGUUUUUAAUGCAUUUAAAGCGACCCCGUAA